GUCCAAUUCAAUCAUUAGGCUCGAUAUUUGUCUAAUUUUGUGUCUACCGCCCAAUCCUUCGCUUCGAAGACGCCUCGGCGUUAUCUGGCUUCGGCGCGAUCCUCUUAUCGUUGUCGUCAUUCAUAUCGGCUCAUACCUAUCCUACUGGCGGGCAAACCCACCCCUCUUGACUGUCUCUUAUACUUCCCGCCAGUGAGGCGCGUGAUAUUCGCACAGGCACUUGGCAUUUAACUGGCUCUAUCAGCAAUUACUGUACUGUCGUAAUGACCCUCUGAUCGCCCCGCCUCGCUCCAAUUGAUCAUUGUCCUACUCACACUGCCUGCUGUUGAAAAGCUGCCAAAGCACAAGGUGAACGCUUAAUUUGCGGAUUACCGAGGGGUUUCGGGCCUCUAUAGAAUGCCCUGCAGCAGGCGAUAACCAAUCCUUCUAUUAUAACUGAUUCCAGUAUUUCUCUUCAGCAUGGUGUCAGAUACCGAACAGCGCGCGCCGCAGUCGCCGGUCGGUGCCGGCGCAGGUGACUCGCACUCUGACGGAUCGUCUCCUGAUGCCUCCCUCGACCCCUCAUCGCUCCCGCAGGCCGUUAAAGCGAGGAAAUCCGAGUAUAUAACUCAACAGUCUAUUCGCGUCAAAGUUGGAACGUGGAAUGUGGCUGCCAUUCAAGGUACGGAGGAAGAUAUCGGAAAGUGGUUUGUUCAGCGGGAGGGGAUAUGCGAACAGCUCGCCGGGUUACGAGUCUCCGGCCUAGAAGAAGCCCCUGCUAAAACGGGUGAUGAUCACCCGAAUGAAUCUGGAUCUGAGUUCGAUCAGGUAGGACUCUACGUUCUUGGGUUACAAGAGAUUGUGGAUAUAUCUUCCCCGGCGGAGGCCCUGAGGCCCUACGUUGAUCCAGCGCCAGCGAAUAGGUGGAAAGCUGCGAUGCAGAAUGCUUUACCGUCAGGCUACCAAUUAGUCGCAGAGUCGCAACUGGUAGGGCUGUUGCUGUUGAUUUACGCCUCUCCUUCUGUUGCCGAGACUGUCUCGUCGGUCAGUUGUGCCAAUGUAGGCACAGGCCUGUUCGGGUACAUGGGAAACAAAGGCGCUGCAGUAACGCGCCUGAUGCUGGGCGAGACUACGUGUCUUGUCUUCGUCAACUCUCAUUUGGCAGCUGGGUCGGAUAAAAACAGCCUGGAACGACGGAACUGGGACGCCUCCCAAAUUCUCCAACGCACAAAGUUUGACCCGAUCGAUACUGAAAGUGCACUUAGGGAUGAGCCCACCGAGAGUAUAGGCAAAGAAGACUUCGCUUUCUGGUUUGGUGAUCUUAAUUAUAGACUAGAGGAUAUACCUGGAGAUGACGUGCGUCAGGUCCUUGCUCGACAUACAGAGAACGAGUACGAUAAAACGCACAACUCUACACAUGUGGCUGAUGAAGAAGAUUCAGAGGAGUCACCAAAACGGACGGAUGAGACAAGUAGAGCUCCUCCGCCCGUUUCCGAUGAGGACGUGGACCCCCACACAGACCCUGCAUCUUUGCAAACUACAAUAUCGUCUUUACUUCCGCAUGAUCAGCUUCGCCUGCAACAAAGCAAGCAGAAGGCGUUCCACGAAGGAUGGAGGGAAGGUAGCAUAUCCUUUCUGCCAACGUACAAGUAUGAUGUAGGAAGCGUCGCCAAAUUCGAUUCUAGUGAAAAGCAACGGGGCCCUAGUUGGUGCGAUAGAAUUCUGUAUCGGACACGGAGGGAUAUGUUAAGGCAUGAACAGUUAGCCAAGGAAGCAGAUGAAGCCAGGAAACGGGACGAAGAAAUGAAAGCUAGGGGACUAGAUAAGGCUGCAGCAGAUGACAACGUUCUAUUCGACUAUGAUCCUGAUGUUGAUGGCGCAGACAGUGCAGACGAAUACGACCCCGAUAAAGAUGACGCUAGUGACGAUGCUUCAUUCAACUCGCAGAGUGAUCCGGACCAAUCACUUAGACUUGACUAUUAUAUUUCGCAUCAAGGAAUCCUCUCAUCUGACCACAAGCCUCUAGCAGCCGGCUUCACUAUAACCUAUGAAUCAGUUGUCCCUCAACUCAAGGCCAAGAUUCACCAGGAAGUGGUCCGAGAGCUGGACAAGGCUGAAAAUGAGUCUCGACCGGGUUUGACGGUAGUGGUGGACAGCCACGGCCAUGAGCCCAGUAAGGAGAAGACGAACGAUCCAAAUGCACUGGAUUUUGGUGACGUGCCAUUUGAUGUAUCCGUCGCUCGAUCUUUGACAGUUGCGAACACUAGCGGCGUGCCUGCAACUUUCUCAUUCGAAAAGCCCGAACAAGGAGAAGGCUGUCAUUAUCACCCGUCUUGGCUUGAAUAUCAGAUCGAACCGCCGCACCGCGACAACCCUGAAGAUCAACCAUCUACUUUACCUUUGCAGGAGUGUACAUUACUGCCUGGAGAACUUACCAGUAUUCAAGUUACUGCAUGUGUCAAAGAUAUACAGCUUGCACGUUUGCUCAAUGACGGAAAGUUGAGCUUAGAGGAAGUUUUGGUCCUUCGGGUGACCAACGGCCGAGAUCAUUUCAUCCCUGCAUAUGGAGAGUGGUUGCCCACCUGCUUUGGUCGCAGUUUGGAAGAACUUACCGUCAUGCCGGAAGCGGGUGCGCGCACAUUGCCCGCUACAGAUAUGACGAGACGUCAGAAGGACGAAGUAGGAAUCCCUCUGUCAGCUCCGCGGGAGCUUUUCCGCCUGACGGAAUCGAUAUCGGAGUUGUCCGAACGUGCUAUUGCCGAAUGGAGCAUGAUCAGAGGCGAGUCGGAAGACUCUCCACCGUGGGUUAGAGAGCCACAUGGGUUUGCAUGGCCUUUCGAACCAGAGUCAUGGACUCUGACAGACAAAGAAGAGCGUUCUCACCUCUUGGCAGCUAUUCGGGAAGCUUUGGACACUAACAAAUCCUUCAACCAUGUCAUUCCACCCGAAGUAUCCUCGCUUCACCGUCUGGAGAUCUUAAGCGAGACCUUACUGGUAUUUCUUAGAUCUUUGAAAGAUGGGAUAGUCACUGCUCCCGUUUGGUCUGAUCUAGAUCAGCAAAUCCUCGCCCGUGAAAAGACAAAAGCGCCGCCUUUAUCUUGGGAAGAAUCCCAAGCCUGGGUACUAGAGAGCCUAGCAUAUUCCCCCGCCCACAGCGUCUCCUUCACUUUCGUCACCUUCAUGCUUGCUCGCAUCGCCAAUGAAGUCGCCCCAGUAACAUCCAUGCCCCCACGACACUCUUCCGAAAGGCAGUCCGACGAGCAAGCCAACCCCAAUAAACAACCCACCACACCAACCGCAACAGCAGCCGCAGCCGCAGUCGCAGCCGCAGGCAAUCUCCGACGGCGAACCCUCACCUUCACCUCAAACGCACCAGAACCUGCCGUCAAUCCUCUCGCUGUUCGCCGGCAAGCCGUCGAAGCCGCCCUAGCGGGUAUAUUCUCCAGUGUCCUUAUCUCCGCCAACGUCCCUGUCCCAGCAAAGGACAAAGAAGCGCGAGCACAGAAGGACCGGAAACGAAGUAUAAUUGAGCCUUUCUUGAAGACCAUUGGGGUUGACAAUAAAGGUCCCUCCGGUGGUUGGUCUUGAGCUCUUAUACAGUGCUUGUCUCGUAUAUAUGCGCCUGGAUGUGUAUUUUCCUUUCCUUUGAUAAUCUAGGAUAUACUGUAAUACCUAUAGAUUCGAGCUGGGUUCUGUAUGCAUU